CUUGUCCGGUUCCCUUUCGCUUCCCGUCCAUCUUUUCUCCUAUCCUUCCCAGAGUCUUUAUCACUAUUCUCCUCACCCUCCCUCUCGCUUUGACACGUCAUCCACGCACAAAGCGCGCGUAUAACCCCCCCGCGACACCCCCUCUACGAUGUCUACCACCACGGCUGGCAAGCGCAAGGCGCGUCCGAGCGGACUGUCGGAUGAGCAUGGCUCGCCGGCGAAGAAGAGCCGCGCGACGGCGCGGAAGAGCACCGGCGGACGCGCGCCGCGGUUCUCGGUGGCUGAUCAGCCCCCUGGCCAAGACGAACCUCACAAGAAACGGCGCUACCGCCCGGGCACGAAGGCUCUGCGCGAGAUCCGGCAGUACCAGAAGAGCACGGAUCUGCUCAUCCGCAAGCUGCCCUUUGCAAGGCUGGUGCGCGAAGUUGCGUUGGACAUGAUGACCGACACGACGGAGUACGGCGACACGGGCCUACGCUGGCAGAGUUCGGCUAUCCUUGCCUUGCAGGAAGCCACCGAGGCCUUCCUGGUUCAUCUAUUCGAAGACGCCAACCUCUGUGCCAUCCACGCCAAACGCGUCACGAUAAUGGCGCGAGACAUACAGCUUGCGCGACGCAUACGAGGCCCAAUAGCCGGCCUGGGGUAGAUGCAACUUCCCCGUAUUUCGUCCCGUCAUGUACGACUGCGUCCAUGCUCCUGAGAUGUGCUUUAUCUUGGUGAUCACUAGGUGACCCUUCUGACUAUAUUUUGCUGUAUCUAUACUACCCGUAAUGCGACACCCCCUCCCUCC